AUGCCGUCUGCAAUUUCUGAACAAGAACCUUCGUUGCACAACAAACAGUUUUUUGUCAACGAUGGGCUUCUCCCAUCCGAGUCCAUCGGUCUCAUACGACCUACUACACUGGACACGCCCAUGGAAGAGAUCCGCAGAAGAUACAAAGAAGACGGCCAUGUGUUACUAAAGGGCAUUCUACCCCGCGAGGAUGUGCUCAAAGUCCGACAAAGGUACUUUGAAAUGCUGGCUCCGACUGGGUUUCUCGCCCCUGGGACCGAGCCCGUCAAGGGAAUUUUCAACACAUCGCAGCACCGCCUCAACUUCCCAGGCAUCGGGGCAGGGACGGCCAAUACAACCGACGCGGAGGGCCAUGUCACCGGACCGGAUCCCAAAAUUGCCCGUAUGUUUGGCGAUCUUGCCCUUCAAGCCCAUCACGAAGACUGGUACAAGGAAGACUUGUGUCGCCACCCAGCGCUGCACGACUUCAUCGCCAAGAUGACGGGAUGGGGAGACAAGACGCUGAGUAUCCGUCGGACCCUCUUGCGCAACAACACACCGCAGAACAAGGCCAUCGGUGUUCACUACGAUCAGAUAUUUCUCAGGUAUGGCGAGGACACUGUCAUCACGGCUUGGGUCCCGAUUGGGGAUAUCAAGAUCGACGGCGGUGGCCUCAUUUAUCUGGAAAAGGGACACGACAUUGGCGAAAAGGUUGAGCACGACUUUCCCGACCGCGCCCUGGCAGCCGGGCUCACCGAUGAGGAAAUGAAGAACGCGUAUAAUCAAAACAUGCUUGGCGGCGGCUUGCUGGCUGAUGGCCCUGCCGGGUUUGCCAAGGAACACAACCGGCGCUGGCUCCUCUCAGAGUAUGAAGCAGGUGACGUUGUGCUUCACAACUCGUACGCUAUUCAUGCCUCAACUAUCAAUCACGACAAGGACAAUGUAAUCCGUCUCGGCACUGAUCUCCGUUUUGUGGAUUCCAGUCGGCCGUGGGAUACUAGGUGGUCAAAUGUUCUUCGUGCAGGCGAUGGACUGUAAGCUGAUGUACAUUUUGGUUCAAGAAUCGACCAUCACGCCUCAUCUGACGCAAGUGCAGGUCUGGAGAAAGCUUUG